AUGGUGCACUGUGCCGGCUGCAAAAGGCCCAUCCUGGACCGCUUCCUCUUGAACGUGCUGGACAGGGCCUGGCACGUCAAGUGCGUCCAGUGCUGUGAAUGUAAAUGCAACCUGACCGAGAAGUGCUUCUCCCGGGAAGGCAAGCUCUACUGCAAGAACGACUUCUUCCGGUGUUUCGGUACCAAAUGCGCAGGCUGCGCACAGGGCAUCUCCCCUAGCGACCUGGUGCGGAGAGCACGAAGCAAAGUGUUUCACCUGAACUGCUUCACUUGCAUGAUGUGUAACAAGCAGCUCUCCACCGGCGAGGAGCUCUACAUCAUCGACGAGAACAAGUUCGUGUGCAAAGAGGAUUACCUAAGUAACAGCAGUGUCGCCAAAGAGAACAGCCUCCACUCGGCCACCACGGGCAGUGACCCCAGUUUGUCUCCGGAUUCCCAAGACCCAUCACAGGACGACGCCAAGGACUCUGAGAGCGCCAACGUGUCGGACAAGGAAGGGGGCAGCAACGAGAAUGACGACCAGAACCUUGGUGCCAAGCGCCGGGGACCGCGAACCACCAUCAAAGCCAAGCAGCUGGAGACGCUGAAGGCGGCAUUUGCCGCCACGCCCAAGCCCACGCGCCACAUCCGUGAGCAGCUGGCCCAGGAGACCGGGCUCAAUAUGCGCGUCAUCCAGGUGUGGUUCCAAAACCGGCGCUCCAAGGAGCGGAGGAUGAAGCAGCUGAGCGCGCUGGGCGCCCGGCGCCACGCCUUCUUCCGAAGUCCACGCCGGAUGCGGCCGCUCGUGGACCGCCUGGAGCCGGGCGAACUCAUCCCCAACGGCCCCUUCUCCUUCUACGGAGAUUACCAGAGCGAGUACUACGGUCCCGGGGGCAACUACGACUUCUUCCCGCAAGGCCCCCCGUCCUCGCAGGCCCAAACGCCGGUGGACCUGCCCUUCGUGCCCUCCUCCGGGCCUUCCGGGACGCCCCUGGGCGGCUUGGAGCACCCUCUGCCGGGCCACCACCCGUCGAGCGAGGCGCAGCGGUUCACCGACAUCCUGGCUCACCCGCCUGGGGACUCGCCCAGCCCCGAACCCAGCCUGCCCGGGCCCCUGCAUUCCAUGUCGGCCGAGGUCUUCGGGCCCAGCCCGCCCUUCUCCUCGCUGUCGGUCAACGGCGGGGCGAGCUACGGGAACCACCUGUCCCACCCCCCAGAAAUGAACGAGGCGGCCGUGUGGUAG